AUGUCCAAGCUCUACGUCGGAAACCUCUCAUGGGGAACCAACACCGAUUCCCUCCACCAGGUCUUUUCCGAGUUCGGUACUGUUGUUGACGCUAUCGUCAUGACAGACCGUGAAACCGGCCGCAGCCGUGGCUUCGGGUUCGUCACCUUCUCCAAUGAAACGGAGGCCGAAGGAGCGAUGAACAGCUUGAACGACCAAGAGGUUGAUGGUAGACGUAUCAGGGUGAACAAAGCUGAUGGUGGCCGUCGGUAA